GGAUUCAUUGGUAUUUUGCUAAUUUUCAACGCUAGCGGUAUAACCUGUAAUAUACUUUUUGUUUACCGUACAAGACACAGUAUACAUUUCGUAAACAGUUGACACCGUGUGACGGAUUAAAUUUAGUAGUGAAAAACACAGUACACACUUCGUAAAUAGUUGACAUCGUGUGACGGAUUAAAUUUAGUAGUGACUUUAAAUAUAAAAAAAAUGUCUCCUGUCGAAUUUUCAUUCAGACCGAUGGCCUGCGAGCUUAAUUAUUUAUCAAAUUCCGAUGGCUCGGCUUUUCUUAAACAAGGUGAAACGGUGAUACUUGCUGGAGUUAAUGGUCCAGUGCAAGUUAAACAAACCAAAAGUAUUUACAAUAAAGCUACUGUGCAAGCAGUUUAUGAGACUAAGAAUGAAAAAAGACUUGCAGGUGAUGAAGGUCAGCUUAUACGAUUAUAUAUAGCUAAAACCUGUGAAAGUGCCCUUCUUACAUCAUUACAUCCAUCCACAAUGAUACAAAUAAGUAUUGAAGAACUUGAAGAUAAUGGCAGUUCACUGGCGUGUAUUUUCAAUUCUUCUUGCUUAGCAUUAAUCAACUCUGGUUUAGCUAUGAAAUAUACUUUUGCCGCUGUAUGUUGCAUGAUAGAUGAAGAAUCAAACAACAUAAUUUUAGAUCCAAAUACUUUACAGCUAAAAAAAGCUAAAGCUGUUUUCACAUUUGUAUUUGACAGUGUUAAAAAAGAAUUGAUUACCUGUCAGUCGAGUGGUUCAUAUAAAGAAGAAGAAUUAGUAACUUCAGUAAAAAAAUGUAGAGAAGCAGUUCACCACAUAUUUGAAUUUUACAGAGACAUAGUAAAACAAUAUGCUACUGCCAUAUGAGUUUAUAGAUAGUGUCAAUAGUCAGAUUCUUGUACCACCAAUUUUAUGAUUUUUGAAACAAAAAUGUUUACUGCUUACCAUCAUAUGAAUUAGCUUUUCUUCUAAAUGUUUUAAUUGUUAUGUAAUAUUUACUUGUACCUACUCAUUUUUAAUGUAAACAAAUUAAAACAAAAAGUUAAUGAAUGUAAAAUAGUAUAGGAGCACCAAAAGAAUUUAUCAAUACUUGUUUUUAAUAUUUAAAGCCUUUAAUGAAAAUUGAAUAAAAUAAUUAUUAAAAUAA